CAUCUGCUCAGUGCACAACAAUCAGCAAGUUCGCAGCAUGGCACAAUUCAACUCCACCAUGGUUACUUCUAACAUCUCCUCCUCUCCUGGGGAUUCACCUCAUCCUUCCUUGGACUCCAGCGGUCUGGUUCCUGCAGUAGUGAUGUCCAUCUGCUUCCUGCUGGGAUGUCCUGGAAACAUUGCUGUGAUCAUUCUCAAGCCAAACUGGGAGAACAUGUCCAGUCUGAGUCAGAGUUUGAUGCUGAGUCUGGCUGUGUCAGACCUGCUCUGCUUGGUUACCCUUCCACUGUGGAUUUACUCAUUCUUCUAUGGCUGGACCUUUAGGCUGGUGGGCUGCAAACUCAUAACAUACUUUGUGUAUUGCAGUCUUUAUGCCAGUCUGCUGACUGUGACUGUGCUGAGUGUCCAGCGAUACCUUCAGGUCGUUCACCUGCAGAGGAGUUUAAAUCGGGUAAGAGCAAGGAUGCUGCUGCUUCCGCUCUGGCUAGCUGCAAUGAUCCUGUCCACUCCUGCUUUAGUCUUUGGACAGUUAUCUGAAAAUCAGAAACACUGGACAAAAUGCAGUAAUCAAUACUCCUUCGAGGGCCAGAGGAUGGCUGUGGUGUUGACAGAGACUCUUGUAGGAUUUGUGUCGCUUUCUGUCAUUGUUUUUUCAUACAUCAGUCUUUACAGAAAAGUGAAUCAGGUACCAUUUUUCAACAAUCCACAGACCACCAGACUGAUUACCAGCAUCACUGUGACCUUGGUUGUCCUGUGUAUGCCAUAUCUUGUCAUUAAUGUAAUUAGUGUGGCAGCGAUUUCCCUAAAGAAAGAAGGCCUGCUGAAGUUUUCUCAUGACAUUAGGGACACUGUUGCAGCAACAGUAUUUGUAAACAGUGCCCUGAAUCCACUUCUGUAUGCCUUUACUUUACGUUUGUCCAGCCUGUGCCACAGAACUGCUGAACUUUUCAUACAGAGGUUCAGUAUUUCCCAAACUAUGUCCACAGCUCCCACUACUGAAGAACUCGCAACUCAGUGACAUACACUGAUUGGGAAAUUAAGUCAAAAAACCUCCUCUAUCUCACUGAUACACACGGUGUGCUGUCCGCUCUAUUUAUCAAAGAAAGCUGUUGGUGAUUGCUGGUGUAACAAUAAACUUUGGGGUUAAGCAACAUCUCCCUUCAAAUCAGCUGUUUGCCGAUUACAGUUGGUCCUCAGACAGAGGAAUUACAUGUUUGUGGAAAAGAAAUAAGGAAAAGCUUUAAAAAGAAUCAGUGUACACAUUAAAUUGAAUUGAACAUGCAAACAAUUUUUACUUUAU